AUGGACCACGAGUAUGCGACCAAGUACCCCAUGGACAUUCCGCACGUGACCGCGGUGGAGUUGCCUCUCAACGUCAAAAACCCCAGCCGUGCCAUCAGCAUGCUUGGAGGGAAAGAGCGGAUUCGGAUGGCCACCAACGCGCAGUACCGCCCGCUGCCCAUCCAAGUGUCCAGCCAUUCGGUGGACGAGCGGAAUCUCGAGUUGCGGCUCCGGAAAGACCCGUUCCACCACCCGGUGCAGGCGACGGUGAACAGGCGGGAGAAGGUGUUGGUGAAAGUCAGCGUGCCGAAACUGGCGCUUCCGGCAGACUACCACGCCAACCCCGGCAAGUACCUGAUCCGGGAACUUCUCAGAAGAAACAAGGAACAAGGCGGACCGGAGCACCGGGUGGAGCCCGUGUCCAUCGUCAACAAGAACUACAACUUCCGGGCGAUGGCGGACUUCCAGAUGCUGACGAAAAACAACGCGACGGUGCAGCGGUUCAACGCAGACGUGCUCCACAGCGAGAAGUUCGAGGCCACGCGCGCCUUCUACCACGAGACGCUCACCAACAAGGACGAGUACAAGGAGCCGGGCAACUACGAGAACAGGGACCACCAGUUGGUGCCGCCGCCGCACUUCAGUGCCGUGCGCUUCCCCUUCGACUACAAGUACAAGAAGAACUCGUUCACGAUGGCGAUCCGCGACGGCCAGGGCGACGUCAAGAUGGUGAUGAAGAACGACAGCAAGAAGUUGUUCACCAACACGGUGGACUAUCACAAGGGCACGGUGCCGGACCGGCCGUUGCCGGCAAUCGUGGCCAAAUACACCUGGCUCCAGAGCACGGACUUGUCGCACGAGUGGGCCGACAAGAAGCUCUACGAGUGCAUCCAGCACUUGCACCGGCUCUUUGCGCUCAAGCCCAUCUGGCUCCGCAAGGCGUUGGUGGACGUGCUGCCGGACCGGCUCAAGCUGGCGGUCAAGGAGGCGUUGCCCUACGUGUCGUACUGCUACAAGAACGGGCCCUGGCGCUUCUGCAACGUGCGUCUUGGCGUGGACCCGACGGCCGACCGGUCCUUCUGGAUGUUCCAGAGCGAGUACUUCCGGCUUUACGGGAUCAACAUGAGGCACGCGUCUGUGGACAGCUCCAGAAAGGUGUUGCCGAACACGAUUGCCUGGUUCCACCCGGACAGCGACGCCAAGGUUUCGGAGUGCUUGCUUUUCACGGGCACCAAGUUGCCCGCCGCGAUCAACUACCAAUUGGGCGACAUUCUCGACCCCGACAUCCACCGGCUCAUCCAGGACGCACAGGCCAAGGGCGAGAACCACUUCUUCAGGACCCUGCCCGACCCGCAGGACGGCUGGAUCACCCGCCAGAUGAUGGGCACGGUGCGUGGUGUAGUGCGCUACAAGUUGCGCCGCUUGCAGCACGAGGAGCCGAUUGAGGCGAGCCAGAUCGCCAAGAUCAUUGCCACGGACUACACGCUCAAAGACGAGGCCCAGAAAACAGGCGAUGAUGACGACGACGGCAUGGCUCCGGAAGAAGACGAAGAAGACGAGGACGACGAGGAUGGAGGGGACCAGGACGCGGGCCCCAUGGCCGACGAGGAGGCUGCCGACGAAGAGGCGGCGGCGGCACGGUUUGACGAGAUGGUGCCGAGUGUCAGCGAAGAAUAUGUCAUCAACCGCGUGAAGCAGGUUGACGAGAAGUCGGCCACCAAGCUCCUCUCGCUCGUGGGCUUGAUCAAGCAGGAUGCGUUGAACCAGGCUGCCCGGGAGCAAUGA